AUCUCUGCAUUUUUCAUUCAAAUCACAAAAACAAAAAUCAGUCUUUUUUUCCUCUCAAUCUCACCCAAUUUCCUAAAAAUAAAAAUAAUUUUUACAGCAAAAAAAAAUAAAAAAAUUUUAUCACUCUCCGAGCUCUGUUUCAGCUUAGCUUUGCAACAGUAGUUUUGCAGAAGAAAUCUUACUGUUAGUUUUGCAAUAAUAUUUUCUUCAAGCUCUUCUGCUAGUUUAACACUCCAAAGAAGCUUUAUAAGCUCUAAAAUUUGAAGCUUUUGUUUUUCUUUAUUUUUUAUUUCUGGGUUUGGUUUCAAAGUUUAGUUAUUUCUUAUUUUGGAUUUUCAUAUCUUUCAAAAUCUCUUAGAUUUUUUUUUUUUUUUCUGGUGAUUUUUUUUUUUCUGGUGAUUUAGAUUAAGAGAAAAAUGGGGCUUUGAAUAGAAGUUUUAGAAAAAUCUGUGAGAGUUUAACUAUGGAGGCAAGUAGUGGGGUUACAGUGGUGGGAUCAGAUGCUCCGUCGGACUACCAUGUAGCUCCAAGGACGGAAAAUCCGGCUCAGACUGCUGGAUCAGCUCCGCCGCCGAGUGCGGCGGCGAAAGUGAGUGCGCCGCCUUCAACGGUUGCGACUGUGGUGGCUCCAGCUAUGCCGGCAAAAAAGAAGAGAGGUCGGCCUAGGAAGUACGGGCUUGACGGUAGCGUCACGAUGGCACUGUCUCCGAAGCCGAUAUCGUCCUCCGCGCCGCCACCGGUGAUCGACUUCUCGGCCCAGAAGCGUGGAAAAGUGAAGCCAGCCAGCUCGGUGAGCAAGACCAAGUUUGAGGUGGAGAAUAUAGGUGAAUGGGUUGCAUGCUCUGUUGGUGCCAAUUUUACACCCCAUAUCAUCACUGUUAAUACCGGCGAGGAUGUUACAAUGAAGGUCAUAUCAUUUUCUCAGCAAGGGCCUCGAGCUAUAUGCAUUCUCUCUGCAAAUGGCGUGAUAUCAAGCGUUACACUUCGCCAGCCUGAUUCUUCUGGGGGUACAUUGACAUAUGAGGGUCGUUUUGAGAUAUUGUCGUUAUCUGGAUCAUUCAUGCCAAAUGAAAGUGGCGGAACGAGGAGCAGAUCUGGUGGGAUGAGUGUUUCAUUGGCAAGUCCAGAUGGGCGUGUGGUAGGUGGUGGUGUUGCUGGUCUAUUAGUAGCUGCAAGUCCCGUGCAGGUCGUAGUUGGGAGUUUUCUGACAGGGAAUCAGCAUGAACAAAAGCCCAAAAAACUGAAACACGAGUACGUAUCAAUUGCCACGCCGACUGCAGCUGUUCCUAUAUCUAGUGCAGAUCCUUGGUCUUCGCUGCCACCAGAUUCCAGGAAUAAGCCUACUGACAUUAACGUAUCUCUGCCUGGAGGGUAAUAUAAAGGGCCUCACAUUGUUGUGCAGUACGGGAUUUGUUACUGACCACAUUGGCAAUGGAACUCGAUUAGUUGAAGCUCACUUUCGCUGCGUUUGUUUGGUCUGUUGUUGUAGUGCAGGGGUUUCCCCUUCCCUUCAUAGGUAGAAUUUUAUCUUAGUUUAGCCGAGUGUAGACCACCUAUGUUGCUGCUGUUGUCGAGUAGAAUAGUUUGAUGUAACAUCAUCUACACUUGAACCUUCCUUCUUGAAUUGAUGUGAUUGUGAUUUGAAAGUUGUUUUGGACAUUCUGAAUUGAA